AUGGCAAUGAUCCAGGAAGGCAUUCGCGGAUUCGUCGCUAUAAACACUUUGCAUUUCUGCAUCCUCGAUCUACAGUACAUCUCGGAAAAGUGGAUAACCUUCUCUCUGAAAAGUUACUUGCUUGAAUGUUACAAAUCCUGGACCUUCGAGGAAGAAGAACGGAGGAAUGAGAUCGCCGCCUGCAUCGACAAAUUCGUUUUGGCGAAAAGAUUGCACGCGGAGAAUCUGCAGCACCAGCCACUUCCGGAUCGAGUAGACGAUUCCAUCUUCAGGAAAGGAUGUCGCGCUUGUUUGGCCAGUUACAGACGGGACGCGAAGUGGAAUCAGGAUCGAGCGAAUCUCGCAACGAGGGUAGAGAAUCGCUUUGAACCCGCGCUCGGCUGCAAGAAGCCGGAGACUCGGAUGGAUCUGGCGAUCUGCUGGGAGACGCCAAUAGACCCGGUAUAUGAGCCUCGUAGAGCGACGCACAUCGACGGUUCCGAGGGUGGCUCAGCCCCGGCGAUCUUUGCCAUGAUCCAGCACACUCGGGUGCCGAAGAAUCGCGAGCUUCUGUCUCGUAUCGAGGAGAAAAACAAGUGCGAUUGUGCAAGACAGGACGAGGCGGAAAAAGAUAGGAAUCGAGGCUGCUAUAAUCGUUCCUACAACGAACUCUGUGGCGAACGGCGUCGCGAGAAGCCGUUGAGGUCGAAUUCCGUGCCGCGCAUCACCGAGCGUAAGUGCACGGCUUGCCGAGGCGGAAUGGAAGCAGAACUCGAGCGGCGAAGAAAGGAUCCGAGACUGAUCCGGUCCGCGGUGGGUUUCGCGCUCGGUCUCGAGGAAAAGCGCGAGCCGACGAUAGGCGACGACGUCACGCGCAGAAACGGAUUACCGCCGAUGAAGAUGACAGUGCCGCGGCCGAGGACUCCCUUCGCGAGGCGCACUUUCUGCAUCGACACUCUGGCGCCGCCGUUCAGCGUGAUGAAUGGCUGCCGGGAUGCCGACUACCCCGAACACUGGCGCCUCAUGUCCGUGUACCAGCAGUCAUACAGGAACCCGCAAAAACGAAAGGCUCGCCGCUUCUAAUCAGGCCGAGGAUGAGUCUAAUAAGAGAGAUAAUAUGAGAUCUGUUCUAUGGUCGAAUUAGCC